AUGUCCAAAGACGCCAGCACUUCCUCCGGCCACCAACCGAACCCCAACAGCAUCACCAGCAGCCCGGGCUGGCGACCCGCGCGGCCCGCACCACCACGCUCGCGCUCUCCUCCCCCCCUCGACUCCUCCAACUACCCCACAGGCGAGAAGUCUCUCUCCGGCAUCUCCCUGCGCGCGUUCCUCAUCGGCGCGGGGCUAGGCAUCUCGCUCCCGAUCACGCUCUACCUCCUCCUGGUCGCGCCAAACCCGCUCUGGCGCGUGCCCUUCUUCACCGCCGCGCUCUGCCUCUUCCACUUCCUCGAGUACUACGUCACAGCCGAGUACAACACGCGCUACGCCUCCAUCUCCGCCUUCCUCCUCUCCUCGAACGGCUGGGCGUACAAUCUCGCGCACAGCUCCGCGCUCGCGGAGUGUCUGCUGUCGCACACCUUCGGCCCGGAGGGCAGCUACCUCGCGGCCACCGCGUCCGUGCGCGGCGUCAAGUGGCAGGUCGUCGUGGGCAUUCUGCUGAUGGUCUUCGGGCAGACGGUCCGCACGCUGGCGAUGAAGCAGGCGGGCACGAACUUCAACCACACGGUGCAGGUGGAGCGCCAGGCGGGGCAUAAGCUCGUGCAGGACGGGGUGUAUGCGGUGCUGCGCCAUCCGAGCUACUUUGGGUUUUUCUGGUGGGGGAUGGGCACGCAGUUGGUUCUGGGGAAUGUGGUCUGUUUUGUGGGGUAUGCGGCUGUGCUGUGGAGUUUCUUCUACAAUAGGAUUAAGCGGGAGGAGAAAUUCUUGAUUUGUUUCUUCGGAGACGAGUACGUCGAGUAUAGAAAGAGGACUUGGAUUGGCAUCCCGGGAAUCUGCUGA